GCUGAAGAUGGCGUAUCGAUGGGAAGUUGAUGAUGCGACGGCAGCCAUCGUGGCGAGCCUCCAGUCCACGACGACUGUCGAGACCCGAGUUCUCCUCAAGCCUAUCUUUCGCUGGGCCAAACGCGAGCCAGACAAAGCGUACGAGUACGUGCUGUGGCUGCUCGAGCUGUACACCCACGGCGACCCCGACCGUGGCAUCAAUGUCCAGCCGACGCUUCAGGCUGACUAUGCCAUCAACACGCUCAUUACAGCGAGUCAGCGAUGUGGUAAAGCGUUUGAGGCCGAACGGGCGUUCACGUUCUUGCCCACGCAUAACUUUGUUCCGGAUGUGUUUGCCUACACGGCGCUUAUUGACGUCCUUGGCCGGUGUGGUCAGGCGGAGAAGGCUCUCCAGCGAUACGACGACAUGUUGCGGACUCCCGUCCAGCCAAAUAUUGUGACAUUUACGACCGUACUUCGCGUCCUCGCCAUGAGCACCUCUGUGGACACGAGCUUCGCCUUAAGUGUGCUGGAUCGUGCCAAGCGCCAAAAUGAUUGUGACCCGUCGUUGUACACGGAAGCCUUGGACAUGUGCGCGAAACGCGGCGAUUUAUCCUUGGCGACUGCCAUUUUGCGCCGGCGCCGCCAGGACCUGGACAACGGAACGUUGAUGGAACUGCUCGUUGAACGCACCGUGCAUUCGCUUGGACGCGCCAUGCGAAAAGCCGAAUCGUUUGACAUUGUUCAAAAGUGGCUCGACGAGGGCUUGAUCCAUGAUGGCGACAGAAACGCCUUGACAUAUGGACGCAGCGACGCUUCGAAUGGCCGAGAAAAAUCCGCCGGAUGUCUGGGCUACGAAACUCCGGCGUCUGUGCGCCAGUCCGUCAUUCAGCAAGACAUUUACAAGCUAGUGGAGCGCUCCAUUCGCGGUGUGAUGCCCACUCGGUACGAUAUCCCGCCUUCCUCUCCGCAACAGUGGGGUGCUGAGUUGCCGUGGCUUCGUCCCAUCGGCAUGGCCAUCGUUGUCGAGCUCACGGCAGGACAGGAUGGACUUUGAAACACUCGUGCAUCAGUGUCGCAAGCGGAAGUGGAAGGACGAAAUCGACGCCGUAUUCCAAGCCAUGCAAUUGCUCGGUACAAACGGAUGGCAGUCGGACGACGGCGCGAUCGACCUGCCACCCCAGCCGAACGUUUUGCCGACGGCUUCGACCUACCUCGCGCUCAUCGACGCCUUCAUCUGCUGCAAUGCUCCAGAGCACGCUUGGAAGACGUACAUGGGCAUGGACGCGAUGGCGAUUCCGCGUACGCAGGCCAUUGUCCGCAAGUACAUUCGCGGCACGUACCUCGCGAUGAAGGACGACUUGACGACGUCUGCACCGAGCGUGUGGCACUUGAGCGACGUCGUUCGCCUCGCCAUGCGCGAUGGUAUCCCUGUCACACAUCGCAUGGCCAUGUAUAUCCUGCGUCUCUACGGAAACGAUGAAGUUGCGGGUUUGACCAUGCUAUCGUUGCUUGACCAAGAGCGGUCGUAUACCACGUCGGUCAAGCAUCAUGAGCUUACGUACCGAACUCUCUUUGACGAGCUCAUCCAGGCAUGUGUGUAUGCGCACAAUGCCAGUGGGGCCAUCGUUGUGUGGGAGGCGUUCCAGGAGUUCGAGUGCCGUGCUGGGAACGGUGCCGGUCGAGAGGGACGCACCGUCCCGACAACGACAGCCACGAUAGAACGAGUGCUCUUGCUCACGUGCAUGUAUGAGCCAUCGUUGGACGACGCGCUCCGCGUCCUGCGGGCUCACCAAGCUGCCCACCGCUUGCUGCCGCUGUCCACGUACUCGUCCAUCGUGCGUGAAUUCCACGUCAAGUUUGCGUCAAACAUGGCGAUGAACGCCAGCGGCAUCACCAAGUCGCUAAAAGUGUUGUACGAGCGGCGGGCCCUCUUUGAAGCGAUUGAAGACCAUGCGCCAGCCCUGCGCAGCACAGACUGUUGUUCGUCCCUGGCAUGCGACGUGGAAGUCGAUGGAUUGCAGUGGUGUGUCUCGCUCGCGCCGCACACAUCGUUUGGAGUUUCCGCGCUUUUGUUUGCCCACCACAUCCAUGAACGCUUCACCGUCGUCCGCGACAAAGCGGGAAAGGUCGCUGCGGAAGACGCCGCCAGGUCCGCGCUGCGCCUGGCGUCGGAUCCGUUGUUGUUUGUGCUCCACGCAUUGCUCGCGUUUCCCAAGCUCGACAUUAGCUUUCGUGUACAGGCCAAGUUUGCCAAGAUGCUGUUUUCGUUGGUCCCUUCGGAUGCCGUCCCCGCGGCACACCAUCGUUCCGAGUGCUUCGCCCAUCUAGACGACAUGUCCAUGUAUCUCAUGCAAGAGCUGAACAGUGUGUUCGACUUGGUGGCGGCCGACAUCGUUCGAGUCGCGACCUAUUGCGCUCGCACUGUCGUGCUGGACCACCACCCCGAGAAAACGCUCAACUUUGUCCUCACGCGGCCGGCGUUCUUCGAGCCCGCCAUCGCAGACCUCCUCGUCCCCGCCUUUGCCGAGCUGUACGCGCAAGGCGUGGCGUUGGUGCUUCGAUACAUCCGCGCUAGUUUGGCCUACGAUGCAGUGGCGAAGACCGUCCCACUCGCGUUUACCAGGCUCGUUGAGGGAUUCGCCGACGAGUACCCGUCGGCGGACCUGCGCCCGCUCAUCAAGGAGUUCCAGCUCCACGAUGAAUUCGCACACGUCGUAGCAGCGCAUGAUGCCGCGCUGUCGACGCGCCCGAUCCAGCGUCGUGCCGAUCCGAAUGUUUCGUACUGGGCGCUACCUCUCGCGCGAGAUCGCGUUGUGUUUGUCGAUUCCGACGCCGCCGUCGAUGCCGCGCACCGUGUGCUGCUAGCGAGCCGCGUCGUCGCUUGGGACGUCGAAUGGCGACCGGACCACAUGUCCAUCCAUGCCAAGUCCAAAUGCUCGAUCAUCCAGCUCGCGUGCGACACGCACGUGUUUGUGUGCGACGUGUUCACGCAUUGCACGGACGCGAUGCAAGCAAUGCUUGAAGCGAUCGUGACGGCGACCGUGCCGUGGAAGGUCGGAUUCGGUUUGCAUGGCGACAUCGACCGCCUGCGGUACUCGUUCCCGGACAUGCUGUGCUUUGACAGCUUGGACGAGUGGGAAAACGUGCUCGACCUCCAGUCGUACUUGAAAUCCGCGACGAAAAAGCACGUUGUCGGGCUCAGCCGGUCUUGUCAGGACAUCUUGGGGUGCCCGCUCGAUAAGUCGCAGCAAACAAGUGACUGGGAAGCCCGGCCCUUGACUGAAGAGCAAGUUCUGUAUGCCGCUGCCGACGCAUACUGCCUCCUCGACCUUGUCCGUGCCGUGGAUCCGCCGCAAAUGCGAGCAUUGUAACGUCGGUUCAUCGUGCCAGAUAAUGUUCUAUACAUGAAAAGGAGUUCCAGCGCUGCUCCUCUUGCGACCAACACGACAAGGUUGC